GCUAACUAAGGCACCGCGGCAUCUUGAGGAGGCAGCGCCGGGGCGAAGGCCUCGCGUCAGUUCCUGCUCCUAUGCUGGGCUCGGCCAAUUACACGCCGCCUCCUUCGGCUCCCGCCUCGUCUCCAUGGUGACAGGAGGAGCCAGCCUUUUCCGGCCCCUUUGGGGAGCCACUUGUUCCUCAACAUGGGGACAAUAUACUUAUUUCGCAAAUCACAGAGGUCUCUACUUGGCAAGUUAACACAGGAAUUUAGAUCAGUAGCUGCUGAUCGAAGGUCAUGGAAGAUCUUGUUGUUUGGUGCAAUAAACAUAGUAUGUACUGGCUUCCUCCUUAUGUGGUGCAGUUCAACAAACAGCAUAGCUUUAACUGCAUAUACCUACCUAACUAUCUUUGAUCUUUUCAGUUUAAUAACAUGCUUGAUAAGUUAUUGGGUAAUGAUGAAGAAGCCCAGCCCAGCUUAUUCAUUUGGGUUUGAGAGAUUUGAAGUCCUAGCAGUAUUUGCUUCCACGGUUCUAGCACAGCUUGGGGCGCUCUUUAUACUCAAGGAAAGUGCUGAACGAUUUCUGGAACAACCAGAGAUUCACACGGGUCGAUUGUUGGUUGGUACCUUUGUGGCACUCUCCUUCAACCUGUUUACAAUGCUUUCUAUUAGGAAUAAACCUUUUGCUUAUGUAUCUGAAGCUGCAAGUACAAGUUGGCUUCAGGAACAUGUUGCAGAUCUCAGUAGGAGUUUGUGUGGGAUCAUUCCUGGGCUGAGCAGCAUCUUUCUUCCACGCAUGAACCCUUUCAUCUUGAUCGACCUUGCCGGGGCUUUAGCUCUUUGCAUUACAUACAUGCUAAUCGAAAUUAAUAAUUAUUUUGCAGUAGAUACUGCCUCUGCUCUAGCCAUUGCCUUGAUGACGUUUGGUACCAUGUAUCCCAUGAGCGUCUACAGUGGGAAGGUAUUGCUUCAGACAACGCCACCUCAUGUGAUUGGACAGCUUGAUAAACUUAUAAGAGAAGUUUCUACAUUGGAUGGUGUCUUAGAAGUACGAAACGAGCAUUUUUGGACGUUGGGAUUUGGUUCUCUGGCUGGAUCAGUACACGUGAGAAUUCGAAGAGAUGCUAAUGAACAAAUGGUACUUGCUCACGUGACCAAUCGGUUGUAUACGCUAGUGUCUACGUUGACUGUUCAGAUUUUCAAAGAUGACUGGAUUAGGCCAACCUUGACCUCUGGAACUAUUGCAAACAAUAUGCUGAAUCUUUCAGAUCAUCACAUCAUUCCAAUGCCACCUCUAAAAAUGGCAGAAAACUCUAACGUAGCUACAUCUACUCCAGCUAAAGCAAGUAGUCCUCCUCCAGAAUUCUCCUUUAAUACACCAGGCAAAAAUAUGAAUCCAGUCAUUCUCGUGAAUACUCAGACAAGGCCCUACAGACUAGGCUUCAACCGUGGAACUGUACCUUACAGCAGUGUCUUCACACAAGGAUUUGGAGUCCCAGGAAUAGGGGCAACCCAGGGAUUCAGGACUGGUUUAAUAAAUGCUCCCCAUAGAUAUGGAACUGGCACUCAAGGUCAGCCCAGGCCCCAAUAAACUAUUUUCUAUAUUUAUUGUUUGAUUAUUAUUUUUAUCUAUUAUAUUGCUCACUUUUUUCUACAAGACUGUUCAUAUUUUUAAGAUGGACCAGGAUCAAAUAUUUCCAAUCAUGAAAAUGUGUUUUUGUUGUUUCAUUUACUAUCUCUGACUGUAAAAGUUGCAGCUAUGCAAGCGGUGAGCUUAUUCAUAUUUUAUUUUUGCUUUUGUAAGUGAUUACAGUACAAUAUAUCAAGGAACUUCAAAAGAUAACAAAUUUGGCCAGAAGUGAGGUUCUAUAUCGUUUUCUUGAUGGUGAUGAAGAGUGUUUCCAAUUACCAAAUUUCUCCAAAACUUCUUUGCCUAUGAUGUAAUUAUACAAUCAUUUUUAAAAGUUACAUUUUCCUUAAUUGGAAAGGUGUGUGUCAUAUAUAAAUGACCAUUUGGAGGUCCAACAGACCCACUUGAAAUCUUAUUUGACAUUAAGAGAUGCUUAGCUAAAUAAAUACUUUAUAUUGCUGCCAGGUUCACAAGAGUUAUCAACUCUCCUAUGGUGUUAACUAUCACAGAUUCAUUUUUCUUUCUGCCAUCUGUGUUUGACAGUGUGCUGGGAAAUCUUAGGGUGGUCCUUUUAAACUAUUGUUAAUCCUGUUUGAAGAGUUCAGAGUAGUGGCAUGGUAUGUGGAAUGAAUGCUUUGGUUAACCUAGUAGCAUUUUUUAUUUAUGGAAACACUGAUUUUAAAACUCUUUCCAGCUGCUUUUUAAAAAGUGAUGGUACCUCUCUGCAUGAAGGUAAACAAGGUGCUUAAAUGGGAAGUAUAGCAACAGGCCAGUCACUCUGUUUUUUGUUAGCAGUUUCAACUAGCAUGGUCAGUAACUGAUUUGAGUGCAUAUUUUAAUGUUUUGCUAAUAAGUAUUGUGAUAUUUUUCCUUCAUUCUGUUGCCAGUGAAAAUUUGUAUAUCACCUGCCUACAUUAUAUACUGUAUCUAGUUUUCCUUCAGUGAGUCCUUACCUACAAGGGCACAUGAUUUAGAUUAGUUGGUGACCAGCAUCAACUUUACUUUUCUACCAUGGAAAACCACAAAGUGUGGCUGCCUCUCUCCUCCACCCUGCUCUCCAAAACAGUCACACUAACAGCAUGCAUGGAACCAGGUUGCUGCAGCAGGCAUGUGGACUCUUCCACCUUCUUCCUACCUCCAGGUUUCUCUCCACAACUAAAGGCAGCCAUUUACAUUCCUACCCUCUCCUGUUUGUGAUUGAGAGGACCCUUCUGCAAGGAGGAUGUGGGGGUGGUGAUUUGAUUUCAGGAUUUGACUUUUCCACCUUCCCUUUCCCAAAUGCCUUGCUGGACAAAGAUACCUUUCUUUUUCUAGCUUGUCCUCUGCUGGGUGUCUGGUUAUUUUGAUUGUGAGAUAUAUCCAUUUAAUGCUAAAAGGGCACAUGAUGUUCUUUGAGGCAGGACAACUGUACCAGAGCCAUUUCAGGUUUUCCAAGUCACUCUCCUUGAUGUGGAAGAAGUUUAUAUGCCCUCUUCCACCCAGCUCAAAGAGGCGUGUGUCAUUGGGUGUGGGUAGAAUUUAAAACAGGGCUGAAUCCAAUGUUGCUGCUCUACAUGUGCAACCAAUUUCCAUGUGCCCAGUGGAACUUCCUCUCUAAGCCUCAAGAUCAACUGCAAAGGGAUAGGGGUCCCUCUGGAGCAGAUUUGGGGGUGUUGGAUUCUGGGGAGAGGAGAGGAAAUGGAAGUUGUGUUGUAUGAGUGGAACUCCCUUUGGUAUAGCUCAUACAUUCCUUUGGGCUGUUUGUAUUCUGCUAAGCCACAGAAAUUGUCCAGUAAAAUCAAUUACCGCCAUACCUCGGGUUGAAUGUGCUUCAGGUUGAGCGCUUUUGGGUUGCGCUCCGCAGCAACUCGGAAGUAAUGGAGCACAUUAAUUCCGGGUUUUGCCGCUCGCGCAUGUGCAGACACUCAAAAUGACGUCACGUGCAUGCGCGGAAGCGGCAAAACGCGACCUGCGCACGUGCAGACGCGCUGUCGCGUCUUCCAUUCCGCUCAGGAUGCGAAUGGGGCUCCGGAACGGAUCCCAUUCGCAUCCCAAGGUACCACUGUAUCUUACUCAUUUUGUUUAUCUUGGUCCUUCAGACCAACAUAACUCUGGAGAACUAAGUGUGAGGGAGAAAAUAGGCUCCAACAGACUUAACAAGUGUUUAUUUUAUUAUACAGUGCCAAUAUACAAGACACUCGCUUAUCCAAAUGUAAACACAAAGAAUGGUGCUCUGUUUUUAAAGACUACAUCCAGGUCACUACAUAUUCAAGAAUUAGAUACAAAUCAGGACUUUUAUUUCAGAAUAACUCAGUAGUGUAAAUGUUAGAUCACCUAUCCAAAGUGGAAAAUUUACCAACAGCCAUAAGGUAAUGCUGUUAAUCCUGCAUGCCUGGUACAUGGUUGAAGGCUUAAACAUUCUUUCUAACAAAAGCAUUCCCAAGUUUGGGGUAUAAUGAAAGAUAAUGGUUAUAGAGUCUUGGAUUGUGACAUGUGAGACUAGAGUUAAACUCAACAGUCAGCUGUAAAGCUCCCUGGGUGACCUUGGUCCAGUCAUUGUCUCUUGACUUAACCUAUCUCACCAGUUUGUUGUGAGGAUAAAGUGUCUCAUCUUGUUCUCCUUUGAGGGAUACACGUGUACGCAAUCAAUUCCCACCACUACCAUAUACUAAAGCCCAUAGUUACAACUAUUUAGAAGGAUAUAAUUCUACAGACCAUGCUUGUGUAAUUGAGGUAUUGGAGCUCAAAUGUAUUUGCAGACAUCCUGCCAUAGCAACAAAGCUCACAAGUUGCAGCAUUAUGUUCCCACACAGGCCCAAACUCUGAAGGGAGGUGGUGGGGAAUAAGCAAAGUGGAGGGAGGGAGGCAGUGAAUCUUAGUGGUGGAAAUGUUCUGUGGGUUCAGGGAAGAGGGACAGGAACUGGGAAUUGACCAAGGCCAUCAGAGGACGAUGUUUUAGCUGUAGUGGCAAAACUGUUCUGGUACAAUUAAAGCAGGGUUCUGAGAUUGAACUGUACAAUGAAAUCUGCAGGAUACUACCACUGAUGUGCAUUGUAUGUGUUUUUAAAAGGAUCUAAAAAUGCAGUCUGAAAACAUUCAGAGUCAGGGUGACUUGAUAUAUUCAGUGUAAUUUAGUUAGGCAUCAAGCAGUUGCUUCAUCUAUGAUUCACCUCUAAACUUGAAUUUCACUGUUGAAUAAUUGCCUGUAGAGAUAACACAGUAAGAUGGAAUGACCCACCACCUGAUAAAUGAUUGUAGGGCUACACAAUCAGGGGAUUGCGUAGUAACAUUAUGAUUUAAAAGAGACCUUUAUCCCCCUCCCCACCUUGUACAAAAUGGUAAUCCAGGCAUAGGGACUCCCUUUACCCA